AUGAGAAGAGGAAUUCUUGCGGUGUCCAAUGAGAAGAUUAUAGAGGAGGAGAAGAAAUCCAUGGAUGAGACAACAAGGGAAUUACCACCUGUUGAUGAAGCAUGUUCCUGCUCGCCGAGAGGCGUCCUGGAGAUGGACAUCUCCACCCCCACCGGCAAGGAUUCCAACAACAACAGCAUCGUGUUGGCCGCCGCCGAUGGAGGAGGAGAAGGAGGGGAGGUGGUGGUUACUGACAACAGUCUCAUAACAUUGGGACUAGUGGAUAAACUUGCCGGAGGGAAUCCCUUACACCUCAAGAGGCUUUUUGAGACCCCUAAGAUGAAAUCUGUCAGGAAGUUCACCACCAUUCCCUUGUUGGCCGGAUACGAACUCUCCAAGAAUCUUAAGAAGAAAACUGGCAGGAAUCGAAGCACCGGCGAAACUAUUGAUUGUGGCGACUUUAUCGCCCCUAAACCGUCUUGGAGAAAUUUCAAACGUCAUGAACUCGCCGCUGCAACCGACGAUUUUAGUCCAGAGAGGAUGAUCGGAAAAGGAGGACAUGCUGAGGUGUACAAGGGGACAUUGCCGGACGGGAGCGUGGUUGCGGUGAAGAAGAUAAUAAAGAAAAAGAACGAAGAAGACGAAAAGAACGGUGAUUUCUUGUCGGAGCUUGGCAUCAUCGCUCACAUCGACCACCCUAAUGCAGCUAAGCUCAUCGGCUUCAGCAUUGACGGCGGCCUCCACCUCGUCCUCCAGUUCUCUCCCCACGGCAGCCUCGCCUCCGUCUUACACGGUUCAGAUGAGAAAGUACUAGAAUGGAGCAUAAGGUUCAAGGUGGCUCUUGGGAUUGCUGAAGGUCUUCAUUACCUUCAUUCUUCUUGCCAAAGGCGCAUUAUUCAUAGAGACAUCACUGCCUCAAACAUUUUACUCACAGAAGACUAUGAACCUCAGAUUUCCGAUUUUGGCCUUGCAAAAUGGCUUCCGGAGAAUUGGGUUCACCAUAUUGUCCAUCCCAUCGAGGGUACUUUCGGGUACAUGGCACCCGAGUAUUUCAUGCAUGGGAUUGUGGACGAGAAGACAGAUGUUUUUGCAUUCAGCGUCUUGUUGCUCGAGCUCAUAACAGGCCGUCGAGCAGUUGAUUCCAGCAUGCAAAGUCUUGUUAUGUGGGCAAAGCCUCUGCUGGAAAAGAAAUGCGUGGAUGAAUUGGCUGAUCCUCGGCUAGAAGGAAGAUACGAUGUUGAGGAAAUGUACCGUGCCAUGUCCACAGCGCUUGCCUGCCUCCAUCACUCGUCCAGCAACCGCCCCAAAAUGUCAAGGGUUGUGCAACUGCUAAAAGGAGAGGGUGGAAGCGCAGAGUUGAAACAGAAGUCCUUGGGAGGGAGGGCAAUCUUAUUAGAUGCAUGUGAUUUGGAAGACUACAACAAAGAGAGUUACCAAAAUGACCUCACCCGCCACAUGCAGCUAGUCAUGGAAUAGAUAUUUUUGGAAGGAUGGUCCGCAGCUAACCUGACCUGACCUCACCUUUCACAGCCAGAAGUUGAAGAUUAGUUUUUGCAUAAAUUCUCAGGGUUUUUUUUAGUACAGUUUCUGCCCAAAAUCAACCAAAUUGCAUUUCUCUACCUAUAUAUGAUCACUUGUUUUUCUUAUAACAUUUUUGUAUGUUAUGUAAAUCAUGUUAAUCCAGUGGAUCUUUUUCAUAUAUAAUUUAAUCAAGAAGAGACUUUUGUAUU